CACAUUUCUGUAGACGGGUGGCAACUGGCAUGCGAAGUGUCUUUGUAAAUUACGUGCAUUUGUCUAAUCAAAAAUGUUAUUUUAUUUUCAUUAGCUUGUGCAUUUUGAAAUUGAAGUUAAAUCAAAUUAUGUAUUAUUGUAUUAAAACGUCGGACUAAUGAAAUUACUAAUAAGGAAGUAGGCUCAAGAAAGCGGUGUUUUACAGAAAUGUUAUUUUUCUGUGGACAAAAUCACCGAUCCUCAAAAUGUGUUUCAAAAUUGGCACAAUAAUAUUUUGCACAUUUUUCAUAUUUGUGUCGUCUACGCACAUAAAGGGAGAGUUUUCGACAAAUGAUUUUUUCAAGUUCCUAGUGAAAUUUGGAUUCCAGAAGACAGAUAUUCAUUAUCAAAAGGAAACAUAUGGAUAUAUUUUCGGGAACAUUACCGCAAAUGUUCCGUUCAAGUAUCCCAUAACAUUUGCUGUUUUAGACAGAGGCCACUUUUUACACUAUUAUAAAAGCCGAGAUAUUGUUGAUAAGGAGUUAGCAUGUCAGGUUAUGUUUCAAAACCUGAAUGGAACUGCUUACCACCCGAAAUGUAACGCCUACGGUCAAGAUCUAUUUAGAAGAAUUCCGUGUCCCAAAGGAGAAUUAUGUGUUGAUGAAGACACACCUUGGAAUGUGAUAAAGAAGAACCAGUUUACAUAUGUUAUACAAAACUCAGGACAACCAAGGUUCUGGUAUGUAUCAAUGGUAUCAUGUUACCUUGAUGAAGUUACCUGUACGUGGCAUCACUACACUGGAGCACCCUCAUCGGACAACAAAACCCUAACUAACAUACCGCAGAUUAUAAACUAUGAUUUCUGGCUGGUCAAUGGAAGUCCAAAUUUGUCAUUUUACAAUACUCUGCUGUAUCAGUUCUCGUUUGACAGACAGAACACAUUAGAGUUGUAUCUAGUAUUCUGGCUAUGCUAUAUUAUCCUAUUACCAGUCCAGAUAUAUGCAGUCAGAACACAAAAGCAUCCUGUGACUAAGUUGUUUACGUUCAGUCUUGUUCUGGAGUUCAUUGCCUUGUGCUUCAAUGUGCUGCAUACUGUGAAGUUUGCUGUGGAUGGUGUAGGGUUCGCUGGGUUGGCUGCAGCUGGAGAUGUCUUAGAUAUCAUGAGCAGAACACUCUUCAUGUUGCUCCUACUUUUGUUGGCAAAAGGUUGGGCAGUGACUAGGCUGGAGCUCACAUACAAACCUCUAGUCUUCGGAGUUUGGCUGGCUUACGGAAUAGUACAUAUUCUACUUUACGUGUGGAAUACCACUGAAGUGGAUAUUAUUGAAGAAAUAGAUGAAUACCAGACAUGGCCUGGCUGGUUGAUCCUGGCUCUGCGAGUAGCGAUCAUGACUUGGUUCGUGCUAGAACUUCGGUACACGAUGAUGUACGAACACAACAUGCCAAAACUUAAUUUCCUACUACACUUUGGAGCUUCAAGCCUCGUGUGGUUCGUUUACUUGCUUUUUGAGACGCUCAUUGCGCUACAGAUCAGUCCUCUAUGGAGGUUCAAGUUUUUAUUAGGGAUCACAUAUUCAGCGGAUUGUCUCGCUUUUUGUGUGAUGGCACACUUGCUGUGGCCGACACGCUCAGAACAGUACUUAUUACUAGCGCCCUCUGAUUAUACAGCGGGCAUAGAAGAACUAGAUGAAUUCAACGAAUCACCGCACGUGGUACACAGCGACACUGUGGCGCUCACCACGGCCGAGUGCAUCAACGCAGACGACGAAGAGAUCAUAUUCACCAGGGCAGCACACAAAAACGGCACCGCCUUCUCAUAGCAACACCAACAGGCUUGAGAGGAUCCCGUCAUAUAACGUUCAGGGCACAACCCCCGAAUGAAUGAAAUUAUGAAUUUACACGAUCGAAAUUAUUUACUAAUAUUGGUCUCAUUUAAUAACAAUCUGUCUCCAAUAUUUAUGUGGUAAAUGUCUUGUGAAUUGUGUCGAUUUAAUGCUGUGAAUGUAAAUCGAAUGGAGUUUUAUGAUGGAGUGAUAGAAAAUCGAAUAUACUGGCUGUAUACACAUAUGGCCGAUAGUAAAAUUUAAAUUAAUGUAUCCUGCUGUGUGAUAUUCAAGUACAUUGAUUCCUUAAUGAAAGUCGUUGAAAGCACAAAGUAAUGGAAGUAAACUAAGAUUACAUAGUUACAUGUAAGGGAAAUACAUAGUUCCGGUCUCUAAGCGAUCGUGUCCACGUGUCAAUUAACAAGGUUAUUUAUUUUCUUGUUUCAAGGUAAUAAUGACACUAAGAGUGAAGUAUCACAAAUGUUCUAUGUGCCAACGAUUGCAACGACUAUUGCAAUAUGGAGAAAAUUAUUGCAAGAUACCUAUAAAUGUAAGAGUAUUCGUAAUCAUUGUGUCUUUGUGAAAAAUGUCUGAAUUUACCAAAAUAUAUUUAAGAAAAUGAGUGUUUAAAAGUGCUGUUAAAGUUGAAUGGAUAUUUUCGUGUUGUAUGAAUUGUUUUGUAUUGUUCUGAUGCACUUUUGGAUAGUUCGUCUCACCUAUAUCUUGGUACUUAUUUACGGUUUACUUAAAUUGUUUGUUAUUAAAACAAUAAAAGCACGGUGAUUCUGGAUGUACCUGAGUAUAGUAAAAUUAUAAUAUUUGCAUAGUAGCACUAACAUACUUACAAAUGCACUGAUUAAUGUAAUAUAAACCGCGCAAGAAUCAAAACAGAAUCAAUAUUAGUUUUUAUGACAUCGUUUUAGAGUUGCCUUUGCUUUAGCCAUAAAAUGACAUUAGUAAAAUAUUAAAAAAUCAGAACGUACAAAAUUGUAUUACCGUUUGGUUGGUAUUAAUGUAUUAUUUCGGAAUGAGAUCGAAUAAUGUUGAUGCGGGUCGGUGUUAAAUGUUCGCUAGUGAAAUCGAAUUCUUAUGAAAAAUUGCUGAUACAUUUUGUAUACAAGAUACUAAAUAGAUACUUGGAUAUAACAGAUAGAUUCGUGAUGUACAGUGACUUUUAGAAAUGUUAAAGUACAAUUAGAUCUCAAAUUGAUGUUAUCAUUGUGAUUUUUAUAAAGAAUGGGCAGCUGAAUCAUAUUUUUGUCAAUGUCUAAAUUUAUUUGCUUUUCGUGUUCGCUGUCUAGUUAUUGUGUAUGUAUAAAAUUAUUUAAAUGAAUCGCCAAAUCAAUUAAAUUAAAUAAACACAAAAUUAAAAUUAUUAGGUCAAGGUAAAAUCGCUUCUGAUGCAUUCUUUUUAGCAAUCUUUAGAAAUUAAAAAUCUAGGAGAGCAUGCUCUUUAAAAAAUCUAGUAUAGUUAGAUUCGAGCAUAUUUUUCGUAAUAGAGGUGGUAAAGUAAAUACCUUUUUUAUUCACAGAUGUAAUUUGUGUUCAGCAUGCUCUUUAUACUCUAUGUCUUAACAUUAUUGUUUUAAACAUAAUGUCGUGUCAACGUAGCAUAAGAUUAGAAAUGCUAGUGAAUUAUAUUUUAUUUACAAAAUUUAAUUUAUAUCGAUAUUUUUUUGUUCUUUAAAAAAUUAUAGGACAUUGGGAUGAAGCGUACCGCGUAAGUAGCUCGUAUGACAUUUUAUGGUUUUACUUUACUGUAAACCCAGUGUAAAAAGUUGUUAUUGUUUGCGGUUAGUUAAUACUGAGUUGUUCUAACGAAAUUAUCUGAUGGAAGUUUUUGAAAGUACUAAAACUGGAUUUUAAAUAUGUACAGUUUGCACAGUUAAUUGGUAUGCACAUGCAGGCAUGAAAAUAAAGAUAGAUACUAAUAUGACCAAUAGUUACAAACGAUAUGCCAUCGUUACAAAGCAUACGCUUUGUAAGGAAGGAACAUUAGUUAAUUAGUAUAUCAACAGCUAAUGUUUCUGUACUGAAUCAAUCUUUAUUUUCUAACCUGCUAUUUCUUUGAUUCCAUUAGUUAGAAAUUCAUUACAAAUGUAAUAAAAAUGGUAAAAAAACAAUAUUGUUUUCACAAUACAACAAGUGCCGUUGACUUGAACAAAGUUUUGAUUUAGAAAAAGACGCGUCCGUCUGGCUUAAUAUUUUUAAUUAUAACCGUUGUGGUUAUAAUUAAUAUAAAGUAUUUAUUUUUUUAAUCUCUUGACGUAUUAAGUAAAGUUGAAACGUUGAUGAAUCACACCCAGCUUUUCGUUUAAUUAUUUUGAUUUGAUGUUGUUUAUUAAUUAAUCGUAACAGCACACGGGCGCGCCCGCUUGUACAUUUUAAUACCAGAGUAUGCUGUGAGUCAUGUGUGACAACAAUGGAGCUUAUUUAUUUUUUUAACGAAUUUUAAAUGAUAUAUGGACUAAGUUAACAUCACAUAAACUGUUUAUAUAAGAACCUUUUUGUUAAUAGGUAUUUGUCCUUUUGAAACUCUACUGAUGUGUGAAAUGUGACUUUUUUAAGUGGAUAUCUGUAUGUGGUGUAAGAAAUGCAACAAAUGUAACAUAAUGAUUCCUAUUGACGUUCUUGCUUUUAUUUUAUUUUAAUUACUAUAAAUACUAUAACCUGCCUUAAGUUUAUUCAUAAAUAAUUGAAGUUUGUAAUCGUACAAAUUGGGCAAGAGUUUGUCGACGAUGUAGCGUGGUGUUUAUAAAAAACAAAGUUCGCUACUAAGAAUCCUUAUGUCUAAUAUCUAUGAAAUGCUCUCCAAAUUAUUUUGUACGAUUAUAAGCAUCACAAUAGGUAUUUGAAGACAGGAUUAAUAUUCAAAUUCAAAUCUGUAGCAAAAACUAAUCUACAUUCACAUUAUUUUGUGCAUUAUCUCAAUUUGAUCAAAGUUGUAUCAAUGAUGUGUCUAAAUUCAGUACCUAACCAUCUGAUAAUGGCGUUCAAAUUUCAUCACAGUAUUCAAAGAAUCCUUAUUUUCAAUCAUUUUUCUAGAGUUCUAGAGUACAUUCAGAGCCGGCAAAAGCUGAAUUUCUUUCAAAUCUUUUUCCCGGUCUUUUGGAAUUAAGUUGAAAAUCGAAUGCUGACGUAGAAACCGAUUUCUGUCGUAGGCAUUGGUGACUCCUUCAAACCUAGUCAUUAAAGGAAAACCGUGUCUACGCCAAGGUACGCUACGUUACAAUUCUUUCCCCUCACAUUUCUACGUCACAAGCAUUCAACUUAACAAAUUCUUUCCUCAACUAUUUGGCUAUACAUUUUGAAUUUAAAUAUAAAUCCAGUUUAAGUAUUUUUUAUACUCUGCUCUCACUUACGCCUAUUCCUAAAGUAUUGUUCUGUUAUCAUUAUUUGAAAUUAAUCUUAACUUAAACCUUUUAUAUUUUGUGUAAAAUCCACUUUUAUACGUAGUGUUAUAUAGUUAUUUCUAAGCCUUUGUAGGUGUAAAUUGAAUGUAAAUAAACUUUCUUAUUAUGUACACAUUAA